UUCAUCUGUAGAAUGCCGACUUUGAAGAACAAUAAAAGCGUAUUUAUCGUUUUUAGUGUGGCACUGUAAUAUUUCAUGCGGAAGUGAAUUACCUACACAGGCAACUGUAAAAUUGCCGUUUUGAGCGAAAAAAGUUGGAAGCUCAGACUGGUGUCACUGAUUAUCAUAUGGCUUUAGCCUAUUAAUCUAGCAUCAUCAGUUCGAACUAUCCAGAUAGCGUUAGAAGCAAUUAGUAUCGGAGUUAACGCUAAAGACUUUAAUAUACAUAUAUCAACAUGAUCGAUGAAACUACAGACAAGAUGUUGCAAAGUUGGGCUAAUUACCUCUUAGGAAGCAGUGAAGAAAGUCAGAGAACAAUGGCAGAAGGGGUCUCAGGAGAAGAAAACACACAUCCAUCAAACUUAGAUGUCCUACUCAGGGGAGACCUGGAGGAAAAUAUGGAUGAAGACUGGGUAUUGAUUAGUGCUGAUUCGGAUGAAGAUUCCCUGGACGACAUCGAAGUAUUGAAUGACCACGAAGUAAGAGUGAGAAGGGUGCCUUCAGUUCGUGCGCUGACUAGGACCAGUUCGUCUUCAUCUCUACAUAGUAAUGAUAUAGAUGUAGAGGAAUCAUGGUUUCUCACACCACCUCCAUGUUUUACCUCAACGGGUCCCUCAAAUAUGAGGAUAUCCCCCUUCGAGAACCUACUGAUAGAACAUCCAAGUAUGAGUGUUUACAAUCAUGCGCCUACCAGAAGACAACUUAUUAGGGAGAUUCUAUCUUCUCCCGUUAGAGAAACACCAUCUGAAUCGGAUCAAGAGGAGGACGAACUCGAAGUGGAAGAUGUCGACGAAGAAGUCGCCAUUGUACGUAGAGUGGUCAGGAGAUAUAGGAUGCAGGUACAGCUGCAGGAACGCCAGUAUUCUAAAUAUGUACAUUCAAGAAAAGUUCAAAACCAGAAGGCCAACAAGCCCCUAAAGAAGGCCUUUCUGGAGCGCAACAAUAAGGCUCGUGAAGUGAACUGUCGCAACCAUAGACAGAGACGUGGGGAACGGUCUCAGGGAGCAAACCGUUCCCGCGCCAACAAUAACCGCAAGUGCUGAGGACGAAUAGUCUUCUAUGAUCUCAUUUAAACCGUAACAAAUUUGGCAACAAAACGUGAUUAUUUUAUGCUAAUGGCACUCUUUUAGUUUGCUGUUUUGAAGAUGAUAAUAUUGCGAUAAAAAUCGAAUGUGUAGUCUUAUCGCUUGAUUGAAUCACAACCUUAAUUACUCUUAAUUUAAAAUCUUAAUCAUCUUUCAUCCUGAUGAAUAUAAGUUGUACACAUGGAGAGGAAAGAAUAUGUGAUAAUCUCAUUUCAAUCACUUUAUCAACCAAAGAAUAAAUGUAUUUUUUUUAUAAACUCUGUUACUAAUUGAACCUUUCACCGAACUUUUUUCAGUACCUAGCUCAAUGAAAAUAUCCAGAACAUUCACCUAAAAGAACUACAUAUAGUAAGGAUAUGAAUUCAAUUUCUUUGAAUUCAGAUAUAUUAAUAAUGACGCAAAGUGUUUUCUAUUGACAGUGUAAUUGAAAUGACUUCACAUAUUUCGAAAAAAAUCACAUUUCACUAAUAUUUGAAUGGUAAUCACCAACAUUUCAAGCUUUCCUAAAUAUAACAUUUCGUAAUCAAGUAAUAAUAAAUUUACUUUGAAGAAAAUUGUAAUUGUACAAAAUGACUCCAUCAGAAAUUUAUCGAAGAAUUCGAUGUAUUCUUUCUAUGUUGAAAAAGACUUUUCAAAAAUGAAAAUAUAAGUGUGUGCAUAGUUUUUCAUAGUUAGAAAAUUAUCAGAGUGAAUAUAACCAUAAUCGAGUAUGCUUUUUAAAAUUUUGAAAAAAUAAAGAAAAAGGAUCAUCUUAGUAUGAAAUGCUUGUAUAACGUUAAUUCAAACGCAUACAGUUAUAAGGAUAAAACAUUGAAUAUAAAUUAAAAAAAAGAUACUAGUUUCAAUUCAAUUUAUCUAUCAUAAUCAAUAAAUAGGAACUAUCCUAUAAUGAAUUGCAAUAAGGAAUGUGAUGAAAACACUGCCAAAAAUCCACGACAAUCUUGUUCAGAAUGAAAAUAUGAAGAAAUAAUAAAAAAAAUUCAGCAAUAUUGAAAUGAUUUUAACCAUUUGCUUGAGAUAAGUUCGAAAUAUAUACUUAUUCAGAAAAAAGAUUCCAAAAUAAUGAAUCUACAUUAAGUGACAAAAAAAUAAUUAAAAUAUAAAAAUAAGCCUCAAAAAAAUAAAUCAUUAAAAUAAAUGUACAAAUAUUAGAAAACCUUUGAGAGGCUCAAAGCUGAUUGUAUUGCUAUAUUAUUAUCUUCUUUGAAACUUUUCAUCUCUAAAUGUUUAUUGUUUUUUUUAUGAAUAAUUUAAAACCAGCUCUAGCGUUGAAAUUGUAAUAAAAAUAAAAAUGUUUGUUGUGAUUUUGUUACGGCUAAUUAAUAUUAAAUCUAUUUUCAAUUUAGUCCUUUAUUAUGCAAUAAGUUAAAGAACAAUAAUGCUUUAAUAUAAUAUUUUUCAACACAGGGCAUUAUCGUUCAAUUUUAUUAAGUGUAUUAUAUCCUUAAAAAACGAAAAAUUUCGUCUAUGUACAUACAUAAGUUUUUAUUUAUCCAAUAUUUUAAACCAACAAAAUUGUUUAAAUCUGUUAUAUAAACCUAAUGUUUUCAAGCUGUAGACUGAUAUGUAUAUUAAUUUUGAAAACAGCUGCUAUCAGUCGAGAUUUUAGCACAAACUUGUUUAUUCAUAAAGUUACAAAAGAUAUGUUGUUUCAGAUGUAAUAAUCAUAUAUUUAUUUUUGUAUUUAUUAUGUAUUUUGUUCAGAUACCAAAACUGAAGGAGGUAAGAAUUUCAAUUUUCACUUAUGUUUCUUCAGUUUUAAUUAUUUUGUUACAUCUAAGUGAAGAAAAUUGAUUGAUAAAGUGUUCACAUGAAAUAAAUAAUACUAAAUGGAAUGAAAAAUAUUCAAGAAGUGUUCUUAUUCACAAAGUUCUCAGUUUUAUUGUGAACUCCGAGAACAAUUUCUCGAUAUAAAAUGUAAAAUAUCUUGAAAGAUUUCUCUAAUAAGAAUAAUUUCCCCAUGAUUUUAGAAAGAAUAUCUAACAACACCCUUUCAUUUUAACAAAUAUUUUGUUUAUGGUCGAUUAGAAGUGCUUAUUGAGUUAUGUUCAGUGGAGUCUGCAAUUAAUUUAUCAAAAACCUAAGUCAGUAUUGUCGAUUGCAAAAUUGAGUUAAGUUUAUUUGGAGAAUCAUAUGGAAGAUAGAAGGCAAGGAUUAAUUUUAUUCUCUCAAUGUUGAUAUUGAUUCAAAAAACUUGAGAUGAACCUCACUUUUUCAGUGAAAAAUUUGUAUGAAAUCUUAACCUGUCUUCACUUCAUUGAAUUUUUUUUUGAAAAAUUAUUUGGGAAAUCGGAAGUAGCAUGAAAGUGGCUAAUUAUAAAUCAUUUUCUCAUUUCAAAAAUAUUUCCCAAUGUGAGCUAACAUUAAGGAUACAUUUUUUGGUUCAAUUUCAAUUUUGGGUGUUUUGGAGAAGUUUUCAAAGAUUUCUUUCUAGAAUUCCUACAAAUAUCAUUUAAUUUCAAAACCUAUUGUCAAUUGUUCGGAUGCUACAUAGAUGUGUGUGUGCAUGAAUGUUUUUCUUUCUGAAAUUGUGAUGGCUAAAUGCUUAACUAUGAGUAAAUAAGUAUGUUUUUCUGAAAAUUGAUGUAUGUACUAAUGUAUGCACGACUAGAUGUUAGUUUUUUUAUAUUGUAUGCCUAAAAUUAUUAUGAGUAGUGUAUGUUAAGAGUGUGUCGAAAAAAUUAACUCAGAAAGAAAAAAAAUGACAUAUUGUGUUAAAUUAAAAAAAAGUAUGAAAAGUUAAAAAAUGUGAAAAAUAAAUUUAAUUAUGUUGA